CUAAAUCGGGCACUGAAGAUCGAUUUCGUUGCAAGCAUGUUUUUGCGUUAAUUUUACCUUCAAAUCAGCGUUUGCGUCCACAAAUUAAUUAUUUAAAAGUCAAAAUCUCGAGAUGAAACCAACCGAUACAUAACGGUGCACUGGAACAAGGUUUGAACAUGAUACAGUAAUUUGGUAAUUAAACCUGUUACCAUGGCGAUCUGGCGACAGUUACUAGGGACCAGCUGCAGGGCACGUCAACAUAGACUGGGUGCGAGUAUUGGUGAAAAUGUGAACAGUAGACUGGGCCUUACUUGGAGCUGUCUGCAAACACUGCAAAGUAAGCGUUGCUAUGGAAAUGCCUAUGAUGGCGAAUCAGUCACGUUGCCGUCCCAGGCAAAGGUGGUUAUUGGAGGUGGGGGCGUGAUCGGGACGUCUAUAGCGUACCACCUAGCCAAGAAGGGUUGGACAGAUGUUGUGUUGCUAGAACAGGGAAGACUAGGGUGUGGUACCACAUGGCACUCCGUUGGGCUCGUAACUGUGGGUAAAGAUGACCCAAACAUGAUGAGACUUCUCAAGUACAGCAGGGAACUCUACAACGAAUUUGAAAACGAAGAAGAUGGAGGAUUAGGAUUUAAGAGGGUUGGUAGCCUCGAAGUAGCCCAGAGCAAGGACAGAAUGAUCGCCCUGCAAAAGAAGUUUGCAUUGCUCAAUUAUAUAGGAGAGGAGGCCCAGUUACUGCUGCCCAAGGAUGUCAAAGAUAAAUGUCCCUAUAUCAAGUACACAGACCUUCAGGGUGCCCUCUGGUUGCCGAAUGAUGGUGUUGUUACAGCCACAGAUGUUGUGUCUACAUUUUCCAGGAAAAGCAAACAGCUUGGUGUGAAGGUGUUUGAGGGAGUACCUAUACAGCGCGUUCUGACAAAGGAUGACACAGUCACAGGUGUGGAGACAGAGUUUGGAACCAUCAACUGUGAAUACUUUGUCAACUGUGGCGGACAGUGGGCGAGGGAGCUAGGGAAGAAAUCCUCACCCAAGGUCAGGGUACCCGUGCAUUCGUGUGAACAUUACUACAUAGUUACACAGCCUAUACCAAAUAUGGACCCAAAUCUUCCAGUGAUCCGAGACCCUGAUGGUAAUUGUUAUUUCCGGGAGUGGAAUGGGGGAUUGAUGGCGGGUGGCUUCGAGCCCCCGCACCACGGGGGGAAACCAGUCUUCCAUUCAGGAAUCCCACCAAAGUUUGAGUUCCAGCUGCUUCCGGAGGAUUGGGACCAGUUCCAGGUGUUACUGGAUGGUAUUCUCAACAGAAUGCCUUUGAUAAACGAGGCCCAGGUCAGACAGCUGGUUAACGGCCCAGAGAGUUUCACACCCGACCAGAACUGGAUCAUUGGAGAGUCUGCAGAGGUGUACAACUACUAUGUUGCGGCCGGGAUGCAUUCUCGCGGCAUACAGGGAGCCGGAGGGGUGGGCCGGCUAAUUGCAGAGCGGAUGAUCGACGGCAUAACAAAUUUCACAAACCUUUGGGAUUGCGACAUCCAGCGAUUCGUGCCGCAUCAUAGCAACAGAAAGUUCCUGAGGGACAGAGUCAAAGAAACCAUUGCCUUGUACCACCUCAAGUAUUCUAGUAACAGUCAAUUCGAGAGUGGACGCAACCUGCGGACAUCUGCUAUCCACACCGAGCUCAAGUCGUAUGGCGCACACUUCGGUGAAACGAACGCCUACGAACGUGCCAUGUGGUUUACUCCUAACUACAAUGAAGAGAUAGAUGAGUUUAUUGAUGAAAACACGAUGGCAAAGGGAACAUUUGGUAAGCCGGGAUGGUUCAGCGCAGUGAAACUUGAAUACCAGGCUUGCAAGGAGAGGGUGUGCCUCGUUGAUAUGUCAUCCUUCACAAAGAUUGAGAUUAAGUCAAAGGGCCCGGAAGCUUUGGAGUUUCUUCAGUACAUGUGUUCAAACAACAUCAAUCAGGAGAUUGGCACGGUUAUCCACACGGCCAUGUUGAACAAACACGGAGGCUACGAGAAUGACUGUAGUAUCGUCCCUCUGCGUGACAACACUACACACACUUUCAGUUUUUUCCUGAUUGCCCCGACCUCCCAGCAGACACGCUGUAUGUUCUGGCUUCAGAAACACCUGCCGAAAGAUGGCUCUGUUCAGGUUCGUGAUGUGACGUCAAUGUACUCCGGCCUUAACCUUGUUGGUCCCCAUGCCCAGCAGUUGCUGAGUGAUGUGACAGAAACAUCCACAUUGAAGCAUGACUUCAAGCAGAUGACUUGCCAGGUGAUAGACGUUGGAUAUGCCAGUAACAUUAUCACUAUGAGGCUGACCCACUGUGGUGAAGAUGGAUUUGUCAUGUAUAUUCCCUCAGAGUAUGCGUUGCAUGUUUAUGAGAUGUUGAUGAAGGCGGGGAAGGAUUAUGGGAUACGUAACGCUGGCUACCUCGCACUGCGCCACCUCCGUAUUGAGAAACUGUUUGCUUACUGGGGUACGGACCUCCACCCGCACACCACCCCGCUGGAAACAGGCAGAGAAUUCAGAGUUGCAUACAACUCCAAAGACUUUAUUGGCAAAGAUGCACUGCUCAAACAAAAACAACAUGGUAUCAGUAAGAAGUUUGUUCAGGUUCAAAUGGAAAACUUUGACAUAGAUUCACCAAUAUGGCCGUCUGGCAAAGAGCCUAUUUAUAGAAACGGCAAAGUUGUUGGACUUACAACGUCAAGUGCGUACGGCUUUACCCUGGGAAAGUUUGUUUGUCUUGGAUACAUACAUCACUCGGAUGAGAGCGGAAAUCCAGUGAACACAACGCGGAUUCAGGAGUAUAUAAAGGAGCGCGGGGCUCAGUAUGAGAUUGAUGUCGGAGGAACACUUUAUCCCGUCACUGUCCACACACAUACACCAAAGAUGGCAUACACAGCGUCAUACAAACCCACGUUCAUACCAGUACCAUCAUCUGUAUAGAACAGUUGAACACGUAAAAUUGGUUGGGUAUAAAAAAGGGCCAUUUUUAUGAUGCAAACAUUAUAGAAAAUUUUCAUUCCUGCACGAAAUUUAACUGAGCCCUUCCUUGUCUAUCUUGACCCUGACUAAAACUUCAAUGUGUUGAAAAAAGUUUUUCUCAAAUCCCUUUGUUUCUGAUAUGUAGCAAGCUUAUUGUGAAAUAAACAUUUACCUGGAGUUUAUUAAGGAUUGUCAGAUUAUUUAGUGAGUCUGCUCCUGUCCUAGAAUACUGAUUGCUAACUGCUGUGCUUAGAGAUGUAGAGCAUGUAAAUUGUUGCAAUAUGUUUAGUUUUAUAUAGUAUUUGUUGUCUUAAAGUGACUCAUAUUUUCUUUAAAUUUUCUUUAAAUGUUUUCAGUACAAGUCUGUGUUGGACACUCAAUGUUUUUGCACAUAAGACUACCUACUUACACAUUUCAAUGAUAUCAUAAGCAAGAAUUGACUUUGAAUGAAGACACCAUAUAGCAUUCCAUUUUUUUUUGGCAUGACCUAGGAGUCAAGGCCAACACUGCAAAUUAUUUUGUUUUAUUGAAUACAAUUCUUGUGUAAUCCUUUGAGAUAAAUAUGGCAGAGAUCUUGUAAUGAUCUGUAUACCGGGUACUUUAAAUCUAAAACAAUAUUAAAACAGUAAAUAUAAAUUGUAAUACUAGUCAUCAAGAAUAUUCGUAUCCAUGGUUGUAUAUACCGGUAAUCAAUUGAAUGAAAUUUCAUUUUGUCUCAUUUUGCCUAGUGGCUAUAAAGUGCUAGUUAAAUUAAGUUUACAACCAACAUAAUGAUAUCAUACUAAAGCUACCACUAAAUAUGUUAUUUUGUGAUUCACACAAAAAAGUUUAUUUUUGUUUUGUGUUAAAACUUUUUUGUGCAUGUGUACAAGUAUAAUGUUACUGAUUGUAACCUUAACAAGUUUGUCAUACAUUUAUAUGGUAUUCAAUAUUACCAGGCAAAAGAUUGACUCUCAAUGAAUUAAUUAAUGGUACAGAGUAUUAACACUGGUGUUAUUGUGUGCCAGUAAUGGUACAGAGUGUCUACACUGGUGUUAUUGUGUGCCAUUAAUGGUACAGAGUGUCUACACUGGUGUUAUUGUGUGCCAUUAAUGGUACAGAGUGUCUACACUGGUGUUAUUGUGUGCCAUUAAUGGUACAGAGUGUCUACACUGGUGUUAUUGUGUGCCAUUAAUGGUACAGAGUGUCAACACUGGUGUUAUUGUGUGCCAUUAAUGGUACAGAGUGUCUACACUGGUGUUAUUGUGUGCCAUUAAUGGUACAGAGUGUCUACACUGGUGUUAUUGUGUGCCAUUAAUGGUACAGAGUGUCUACACUGGUGUUAUUGUGUGCCAUUAAUGGUACAGGGUGUCUACACUGGUGUUAUUGUGUGCCAUUAUUGGUACAGGGUGUCUACACUGGUGUUAUUGUGUGCCAUUAAUGGUACAGGGUGUCUACACUGGUGUUAUUGUGUGCCAUUAAUGGUACAGGGUGUCUACACUGGUGUUAUUGUGUGCCAUUAAUGGUACAGAGUGUCUACACUGGUGUUAUUGUGUGCCAUUAAUGGUACAGAGUGUCUACACUGGUGUUAUUGUGCGCCAUUAAUGGUACAGAGUGUCUACACUGGUGUUAUUGUGCGCCAUUAUUGGUACAGAGUGUCUACACUGGUGUUAUUGUGUGCCAUUAAUGGUACAGAGUGUUUACACUGCAAAUUCAGUGUUGGCAAAUGGCCAUAUUUAUAUUCAUUUAAUAUUUGAAAAGUUAUGCCCCUUGUUUUAUACUUGCCAUUAAAAGCAGAUGAGUGCUGAUAUCUACAUUUUACUGGAACACUUAAUAUGCCAGGUGUCCAAUUCCGUGGCCAGUUCCUUUUAUUCUAUCUAAAACUCUUAUUGCUUGUUUGCUUGGCAUUUUGAUAUGUAAUCCAAAUGUUCUGUUGUGUUCAUUUAAUAAAAGAUGAUCCAAACAUCCUGACCUCCAAUGUUUUAUAAAGUCAAAAUUUAUAUUGAUUCUUUUUAUAAAGUAUCCGCUUUCUCAAAUUUUACUAGAUUAUUCACCAUUUUUCAAAUAAUAAUGUGGUUUUGUAUAUGUGUACCUGUGUAAUUUUCCUUCUACAAGACUUGUUCGUUUUUUAAUCAGGGUUAUUAGCAUUAGUAUACUGUCUUGUAUGCAGAUAAGUAUUCGCAUCUGUAUUUUAUUUAUUAUGAAGGAAAACUGUGAUAUGCAAAUACCGAAGCCCUGUAGAUGUAUGGAAUUCAACACUAAAAUUUAUUGUUGUAGUUGUUUCUGAAUUUUAUUCAAUUAUUCAAUCAAGUUCUAGUGCCAUACAAAAUCACCAGCUGGUUUUUGGGAUGCCACUUGUCCUGGUAGUUUCCAUUGUAUUUUAACUGACAUGGCGCUAGAAUUGGAAUACAUGUAUGUCUGCACUCGAUAUUUAACGACUUUAUCACAAGAAUCAAUCACUGAAAAGCUCAUGUGCUUGAUUAUUAUUUUUCAGUAUUAUUUACAUAUUUCAGUUCGUUUAAACAUGAUCAUGUUAAUAAAAUAACGAAGCCUAAAGAAUGUAAGUGUGUUCCCAAGUUGCUUUAUGUAUAAGUUAGUGUUCCUUCAAUUGAAUUGUUUUAUAUAUAUAUACUUAAAAUCCUCAGUUAAGACAAGAGCUUUAUUAUUUGAUUUUAUUGUUGUUGUUAUGUGAAUUGUUACUCUGAAUGAACUUCAAAUAAACUGCAUUCCCAAAG